GAAUGCCUCCUGCUUGUCUUUGCAGCCCUUUCUGGAAUGUACUUUUCAGUUCCUUCCUUUUUUUCUCUGUAGCAGGUUUCCCUUAAAAAGAAUGCUGUUUACUUAGCAUGUCUUGGAGACCCUCUUCUGAAGAACUGAAGUCAUGAAUGGCUUUAGAGCCCUGCUUGGAAGCAACCAGUUCACCCUGCUGCUGCUCUUUCUCUUGCAGUUUCAGAGUCUGGGUCUGGAUAUUGAUAGCCGACCUGCUGCAGAAGUCUGUGCCACACACACAAUUUCACCAGGACCUAAAGGAGCUGAUGGUGAAAAAGGAGACACAGGAGAAGGAGGCAAGGAUGGCAAGGUGGGACGCAGGGGACCAAAAGGAGUAAAAGGAGAGCUGGGUGAUAUGGGAGCCCAGGGCAAUAUUGGCAAGUCUGGCCCUAUUGGCAAGAAGGGCGACAAAGGGGAAAAGGGUCUGCUUGGGAUUCCAGGAGAAAAAGGCAAGGCAGGUACCAUCUGUGACUGUGGGAGAUACCGGAAAGUGGUUGGACAACUGGAUAUUAGUGUUGCUCGUCUUAAGACAUCUAUGAAGUUCAUCAAGAACAUCAUAGCAGGGAUCCGGGAAACAGAAGAGAAGUUCUACUACAUCGUGAAGGAGGAGAAGAACUACAGGGAAUCCCUGACCCACUGCAGGAUCCGGGGAGGAAUGCUAGCCAUGCCUAAGGACGAGGUCAUUAACACUCUUCUUGCUGACUAUGUCGCCAAGAGUGGCUUCUUCCGAGUGUUCAUCGGGGUGAAUGACCUUGAGAGGGAAGGGCAGUACGUCUUCACAGACAACAGCCCAUUGCAGAACUACAGCAACUGGAAAGAGGGAGAGCCUAGCGAUCCCAAUGGCCAUGAGGACUGUGUGGAGAUGCUGAGCUCCGGCGGGUGGAAUGACACAGAGUGCCAUCUUACCAUGUAUUUCGUCUGUGAGUUUGUCAAGAAGAAGAGAUAAUCUCCCUCAUGUUACACAGUCACUCUUCUCUUAGGCCUCCCAACAGUUUUAUCCAUCUGUGCUCUUCCUAAUUACACUGCUUUGCUAAAAUGACGUAAGAGUCCUGUAUCCACUAUCUUCUUCUGUGUCAAUUGUGACAAUUUUAUGCAUACUGUUUGUCUGGUACGUUCUUGGGGAUCCUUCUCUCCCAUUUCUCUUUAGCUCUUUAACUUAAUGGAAAGAAGACUCUAGAACUCCGAACAGAAAUGGAGAGUGUUGUUCCUAAACAACACAUGUUAUUGUUCUUUUGUUAAAUUGCCCCUUGCUAUUAAUGGCUCCAUCUUUUUUCAUAAAUGUGUUCAUGUAAACAUUCCUGACCUUCAGCAUAGAGAAUGGGGGCCCGGUAAAGCCUUCAGAAAGCUCUCAAAGCGUUAAAGUGCUACCAUCUCCAAGGCCCCUUACCCUUCCAUUUAAUAUGUUACUCCUGGAAAAAUUUCAAGGGAGGCCUUUCACUCUCUGUACAUGAGUGUUGCUGGAGGUGCCCUUCCUAUUAUUUUGACAUCACAGGGCUAUGUCAGGCACAACAUUUGGAAUGUAUAUAGAAUCCUCAUUUACCGAUUUGGCAGCAGGCUACCUUUAGCUGCAGAUCAAACCUCAAAGCAGCUUUCGUCUGGCAUUUGAAAAUAAACAGUUGAACAAAUCUCCAGCUUAUCUCCUUCUAAACUGAUGCUCCACUUUCAGGUUGUGACACAUGAUUCGAUUGUUUAAAAUGCUGGCAGAGCAGUUAAUGAAAUAAGAGGAACAGAUCAACAGCAUAUGCUCUCCUUAAGCCAUCUGUUCAUGACGUCGCCCAUGACUAACGGGUUGAGAGAUGGGAUUUACUGGCAUUAGUUCCGUGAAUUCAACAAGAGUUACAAACCCAUGUCCUACAGAGUCCAGAGAGAUGGCAUAAAUGGAUGAACUGGAAGGAGUGAGGCCCCUUCUCCACUAAGCACAACCUGCUCUUUGAAGGAACUAGCUACUCCUUAACUACUGCAGCUGCUGCCACACGGGACCCAGCAUCGCUGCAAGCCAGUGCCCUGACAUUUGAACAGAAGUCAGACAGCUGCAACGUUAUAACUCCAUAUUUUUAAGUGUUGACAAUUAAUCAAUAUCUAACCUAGAUUUUUAAGACCUCCAAACAUCUGCUAGCCAAAUUGUGAACUUUCCAUUUCCAUCUCUGGGGAAAGUUCUAAUUGCGCCAGGUGUCGUUAGGAAAUGAUGACAUCAGAGUCAGGUCUCCCAUGAAUGCCUUAUUCAGUUCACCUCAACAGGAGAAAUGUGUUAACUCUUUGACAUUUAUCGUUAUUAAACUAGUUACAGAGUCUCUUUUGAGAAUGUGGCAUAGGGUAUUCUGAAGGCUGAUCAGUUAAAUACAACUACAAUUCAGGGCACCAGGCCAGAGGCCAGCCAAGAUCUCAGAGAACUGGAACACCCAGAAACAUGCAGAGAAAAAAAGGGGGUUGAAGAAAGGGCUGAGAGGAAAGAGAGGCAGCCAAAAGCAAACACAGCCUAGGGCGGCUCCUGUUGGAUCCGUGCUCGCAAUUGCUCUGAGUCCCUGAAGUCUGAAUGUUUUAAACAAAUGGCAAAUUCUAUCAUUUCUAUUAUAAAUGGCAUAAUGCUCACAGUUCUCUCAAUAACUCACUUUAGUUUGGAGGAGGCUUCUAAGAGUAGAUGACAGCUUCAGAGAAUAGGCUCUAUCCUGCAGCCUUGCCUGGAAGAACCUCUUAAGACAUUGCAUAUUUAAUUAGAAUUACAUGGAAAUGUGUAUCUUUUUUCUAUCUUUCUUUCGAGGUAGAGCAUCAGUAUAUAACCCAGGCUGUCCUUGAACUCUCAGUCUUCCUGCCUCAGCUUGCUGGGUGCUAGGAAGAUCCCUAGAUUGCAUUCGUGGAAGAUAGCAAGAUGUGUAUGGGGCAGGGAGAAAUUAAGUGAACAGCAUGACUCACAGCAUUGUCUACAGAGAGACGGAAUUUGCACAGGUGUUAUCGCUGAUGAGAAGGUGGUCAUGUGGUUUCAUUUAGGGCGAUACAUGUGUGAAAACACUGCUCAAAAGUUCAAACCCUAAAUCUGGCAUCAUGGCUGCCUAAAUGUCCUUCCUUUCUUACUGUGACCUUUCCUGGCCAUAUUAUGAGAAUAAUUUAAAUGUUCUUUAUCUCUUGUGUCCUUAUCAUUUUCUCUUUGUGGAGAACCUUGACAACUAACAAGGAAUAUUAUGGUGAGCUAGACACACAGUAUGUGUGCCACAGACAUUACUACUAGCUACAUGUGCUAUGAGAUGCAUAAGAGAAGCAAAGAAUAUUUUGUGAUAUAUAAAAAAAUACUUAAGUAAUUAUAUGUCAACAUGUUAUAAAUAGAGAAUCUAUAUUUAACUACACCGAAUACAAGUUUUAAAACAUAAAAGUAAAAUCACCUGGAUAGCUCAGUGGCAAAGAGUCUACGUUGCUCUUUCAGUGGACUCUAGCUAAGUUCCCAGCAUCCACAAUAUUUGGCUAACAAUUGUCUGUAACUCCAACUCCAAGGGGUCACAGACUUUUAUCUGGACUCCAUGGGCACCUGCUCUCACAUGUGCACAGCCUCAAACACAGAUAUACAUAUAUGCACAUAGCUUUAAAAGUAAAAUAAAUCUUUUUUAAAAGUAAAACUAUUAGCUGUGUUGCCUUUAGCUUAUUAUGCCUUCAUACUCCAGCUGAAUCCUCUCAUUUAUGAAGGAAAACUUCUAUUAUAUCAUUUCAAAUGGAGACUGAAGCAUAAUCAUUUUCCAUUGAUCCUGUAUAUAUAUAUAUGUAUAUAUAUAUAUAUAUAUAUAUAUAUAUAUAUAUAUAUAAAAUCCUUUAUAUAACAUAAGGAUGUGUUUCACUGUAACUCUAACAGAAGGUCAUUCAGUCUGCAUUUGAAUGUUUUGGUAAUUUAAUAAGCUCUUAUAGCAAAUUAAAAUACAUUUCAUCUAAUUUGCACCCAUUGUCCUUGUUCUGCCUUUUGGCAUUUAUAAUUGAAAAAUUGAGUCCUGAGAUCAGCUGGGGAAUCAACAGCAAGCUCUUAAGGGAAGGCGAUGCUAGAAAAGGAAUUGUCCUCGCCCCGCCAAACAUCAUCAAAGUGAUGCCCAGUACCACAACAUUCUCAAAUCCUAAAGAGUGUGCAACAUGACCAAUAGUUUAAAUUGUGUUCAUGAGUCACAAGAGGCAGAGAUGAAAAGUGUGGAUAGUAAUCGACUGGGACAUCUCAAUCAAAGAUAAUUUAUUCAUUGAGAUAGAGUGAGUAUGUUACAUGGGGUCUAACAUCUUGGGAAGACACUGUAAACAGAUGGUUUGUAAAGCCCAUAGAAAGGAUUAAAGAUGGCUGUCUAGUAGCAGUGGGAUAAUGAAGUCAAGAUCAGAAUCCAUAUGCAGAAAAGCAUGAAGCUUCUUUGAGGAGCAGUGAAAUAAGCUAUGUUUAGUAUAACAGUAGAGUUCAUUAACUUCAGCAUCCAUCAUACAUACUACGGUCUAAUAUGUUUCGGGUGGUACCAUGUUGAGAUGGGAACUGGAAAUACCAUGGAGAAGACAGCUCAGAUUCCAGCCUCAUGAACAAAGCUUACUUCAGAUUCUUUGUACAUCAAGCCUAUGGUAAUGAGGUUCAAGAUUGAAGGCAUUGCCAAGGUUAUAUAAAGGCAUGCUGCUUUUACAUCAUGUUGUUAUAACAUAAUCUCUUCUACAGUAUGCUAAAAUAAAUUGGCUGAAGAAUUUUUGUAGGAGGAUUUACAUCACCCUUUCUCAAAGAGUAACACUGACACAUCUGUUCAAAUAAAUUAAUUCAUCUA